AUGGUCGUUUGGCUGAAAUGCACCUACUUUAGUGGUCCCGCUAUUACCUCCGUCUCCGCCUCCGCUUUAGUGCCUCCGUUGCCAGUUACUGCGCAUGGAACGAUGCCGAUCUACAACGACACAUACACGUUGCCGCGUUGCGGCUCGUUUCACUGCGCACUAUCACGGUUCAACCGCUAUGAAUUGACAAAAACCAUCGCCAUAAUCAUGCCACGCGCCGAAGGUCAAUUUCUAGUAGAUUGGGAUGAUGGCGAUAACGAUCCUUUAUGUCCGAGAAGCUACGGUAAGACAAGAAAGUGGUUGAUCACCAUGGUGGUUUCGCAAAUGGCGCUCUGCAUUUCUAUUUACACUUCAACAUACCCUAACUUGGAGGCCGAAUUUCACAACUCGAGGAUUGUUUCGACUCUGGGACUAUCAACUUUUGUUCUCGGUUUGUCGCUGGGGCCGAUGCUCUUCAGUCCUCUCAGCGAGUUUUAUGGGCGGAGGCCGAUAUACUUGAUCUCGUCCACUUGCCACCUCCUUUUUCUGAUCCCCCAAGCGACAGCAAGAAACAUCACCACACUAGUUAUCCUUCGCUUCUUGGACGGUUUCUCAGGGAGUGCUUUCCAAGCUGUAUCCGCUGGAACCGUCCGAGAUUUGUUUUCAAACGACGAAUUACAAGCGCCCAUGCUGCUGUUUUCCAUAUAUCCCAUUCUUUUACGGAACAAGGCUCGCAAUCUUCGGAAAGAAACCGAGGAUGAUCGUUGGAAAGCAGCUUCGGAGAUGCAUUCCAAAUCUGUGCUCGGUGCAGUUGGGAUAUCAUUACUGCGGCCCAUCCAGCUCCUCAUUUUUGAGCCAAUAGAGACUUAUGGCUUCAAUCUCUAUCAAAUUGGCUGUAGCUUUCUGGGGAUCUUGGCUGGUAUGCUGCUGGGUAUUGCCACCGAUCCGGUAUGGCAUAAAGUCAGGAUAAGACUCAUUUUGAAGAACAAGGGCCAAGGCGAAAAUGGAGAUGGCAGCGAGCCUGAGUUCCGACUUCCACCCGCUAUGUUCGGGUCUAUUCUUGUUCCAGUGGGAAUUUUCAUGUUUGGUUGGUCCAUGUACCCUUGGGUGCAUUGGAUAGUUCCCAUCGUUGGUACAGCCAUGUUCGGGGCUGGAAACAUCCUUCUUUUCACUGGUAUCUGGACCUUUCUGGUUGAAGCUUAUCCCAGGUAUGCUGCCAGUGCGCUAGCUGCCAAUUCUUUUGUCCGUUGCCUGGCGGCUGCUGCAUUUCCGCUGUUUGGAAAUCAGAUGUACGUGAGGCUCGGGUUUCAAUGGGCCUCAUCACUUUUAGGCUUCUUGGCUAUUGGAAUGAUGGUCUUUCCUUACCUAUUCUUCAAAUAUGGAAAGCUUAUUCGUGGCAAGAACUAUUGGUUCAAGCCAAUAAGAGGGCAGUGGGGAAGGUUCAUAUUUCACAAGCUCUGA